AUAAACGGACAGAUGACCGGUGAAAUUUUGUAUAAAUAAGCUGGCGAACGGAAGUGUGUUAUUAGUUCAAGACACUUGAUUGAGUUAAGUGUAGCCAGCCGUUAACGGAGCCACAAUUAAAAUGAAAUUCUUCGCCGCUAUUGCCUUCGCCGUUAUUGCCAGCGUUGCUGCUGAUGUCAGCCAUCUGAGCAACAACUACCUGCCACCAUCGGCUGCUGCUAGCUCCGUCUCUUCCGAGUACCUGCCACCAAGCUACUCGUCAGCUGCAUCUGCUCCCAGCGUGAUCUACGCUGCACCUAGCAGCUCGGUCUCCUCCUACUCAGCACCUGCACGUUCCGUCUCUUCAUACUCUUCGGCUCCAGUUGCUGCCGCUUCGUACUCAGCACCCACAUACUCAGCGCCGGCUGUAUCCUACUCAGCUCCAGCACGUUCCGUUUCCUACUCAGCUCCAGCCGUAUCUUACUCAGCUCCAGUUGCUGCCGCUUCGUACUCUGUACCAUCAUACUCAGCUCCAGCUGUAUCCUACUCGGCUCCAGCACGUUCCGUUUCAUACUCAGCUCCAGUUGCUGCCGCUCUCAGAUUUCCAGUACAACAAUCUAGAAGUCCUGCUGAAAAUAUGAAAAUCUUCGCUAUCACCACCGUUAUUGCCUUGUUGGGCGUCAGCACCAAUGCGCUAAGCAACACCUAUUUGCCGCCACAGGCAUCAGCUUCGAACUCAAUCAACAGCUAUGCCGCACCCGCCUCCUACGCUGCACCAUCCAUAUCUCAUGCUAGCUUUGCACCAGCUCCCAGCCGUCAUGUGGCACCAUCGGGUGGCUUCGCAUCAGCAGGCGGUUUUGGUGGCAGCGGUGCUGCAUCGGCUCAACGUGUUAGCUACGCUGCUGCACCCUCGUUCCAUGCCGCAGCUCCAGUUGCUGCUCCACGUCCACAGGUAUACCAGGCGCCAGUCGCUGCCGCAUCUCACAAUGUAGCUUCGUACGCCGCUCCUGCACCACGGCCUCAGGUAGGUUUCGCGUCCUCGGGUGGUUUUGGCGGUUUUGGUUCUGCUUCUGGUCAGCAUGCUUCUUAUGCUGCUGCUCCAGCACCACGUCUUCAAGUACAUCACGCUCCAGUUGCAGCUGCCUCAAAUGUAGCUUACUCUGCUGCACCAGCUCCACGUCCUCAAGUGCAUCACGCUCCAGUUGCAGCUGCCUCAAAUGUGGUUUACUCUGCUCCAGCUCCACGUCCUCAAGUACAUCAUGCUCCAGUUGCCGCCGCCUCACAUGUGGCUCCGGCUUUCGCACCAGCUCCAAGACCAGUUGCUGUCUACUCCGCUCCAGCUACUGGCUUCUCCGGCGGUUUCGGAGGACAAGGCGCUGCUUCUAGCAGCCACGCCAGCUAUGCCGCCCCAGUUGGCGCUGCCUCCAAUGCCGGAUAUGGUUACUCCGCACCAGUUGUGGCUGCUUCGGCCCCACAAGUUACUUACGCUGCUCCAGCACCAGCCCCGGCCCCAGUUCAAUUUGCUGCUCCUUCCAACAUUCAGGAAGUUGUUGCCGCUGGCUCCUCCAACUAUGGCACUAAAUAUGCCGCCAAUGGUGGUUAUGAAUACCGUUACAGACACAGGAACUAAACAAUUGUACUGUCUAUUAUAUUCAGUAUUUUCUCUUCAAUGCUGACGCAAUUUUUCAUGCCGCGAACAAACGA